AUGAAUCCAAAAGAUAAAAGAGUUAAUUUUGGUUCUAUGGAACCUUUAAUAAGAGAUAUUGGUACAGUUUAUGAAUUUUAUUUUGAUCAAAAUACAUUUAUAGAAUCAGAAAUAAAAACAUUUUUAAAAGAAUUUGAAACAAAGAGAGGAGAUAGAGAUUUAUAUUCACUUUCACAACAAACCAUAAAUGCAAAUAAUACAAUUGUAAAUAUAAAUAGAUCAAUUCAUCAAUCAAGUCAAUUCCUUGAAAAUAUUAAUAAUAAUUUAAAUCAAAUAAAUUCAAAGUUAUCAACUCAAGUUGAAAAUGAAUCAAUUCAUCAAGAACAAAGAAAUAAUGAUAGAUUAAAUAAAUUUGAAUUGGAAUUAGUUGAAAAGAAAUCAAUUGAAGAUUCAUUCAAUCAAAGAAAAUCACAAAUUGAAAAUGAUUUCAAUGAAAAAGCAUCAGUCCUACGUGACAAAUAUCAAAUUGUAUUAUAA